CAUAUCACCACUCGCGGUUUGCAAAGCGUAAUGUCUGGGAUUCAACUCUCUGUUUCUGGCUCUCUGCCUUUCCACCACUGUCCAGGUGAAAGGGCUGUGCGACUCCAUGAACAUUGACCAGACUCCAUUCAUCCCAUCCCGCAUGCAGUGCUUUUUUGGCCAUCGACCUUUCUACUUGGUGCUCAUGCAUCCAUCCAUCCAUCCCCCACCGUCGUAUCCAUCGCUCCUCACAUCUCACAUAGUCAUCCGAUCCAUCUCUCUCUCACAUGGCUGGAUGCACUCCGGCCAAGCCACGAGGUGAAAAAGCACCUCGGUUCACAAGGCCGUCCUGCAUCGACCCCCAUGCGCCUACGUGUCUGUCAGUCUGUCUGUCCAGCGAUCUCUCCCCUCUCUCCUCGCCAGCCACGCGGUGGACGCGCGUCAGUCACACGCAACACGCACAGGCACACACACGAGACACACGGCCCCAUACACACGGUAGGUCUAUAUAAGCCAUUCACAUAACAACAAAAUCGUGACGAGACGAUCGAUCUGUCAGGUCCAUUCAUUCGGACACAUGACAGCCCUGGCCUGCCUGCCUCCCUGCCUGAUGCCAUCCGUAGAGCAACAAAAAGACGCUGCCCCCUCUGACCCCAUCCAUGCCAUGCAGUACAUAUAAACCACGUACGUACUUAUAUAAGCGAGAUACAUAGAUGGGUAACACCACGCGCACACCCACGUCAGACGAGCAUCCAUCCAAUCGAUAAAACACUCGCAUCGCGAGCAUCGCACGAGCACUCACGCACAGCACACCAGUGCAGUAAGUGGGAGAGAGGGAGCGAGGGAGGAGCCACUACUGUCCCCCCGCGGCAUCAUGAAUGAAUGAAGGCCCUCAUGAACAGGGCGGUGCGAUGAUUCUUUCAGUAAGUCAGUCAUGAUCGCUUCCGCAGCGAUGUCCUUCCCGGCACCGAUCUGGCGGGCUGCUUGCGCUUGAGCCGUCGGGAGCGGCGCUCGCCGUCGCCGAAGAUGGCCUUGGGGAUGCGCCCGUGCAUCCCCAUGUUGUGGUCCACCACCUGCACACACCACUCACACCGACGGUCAUGGGUGCGAUGGAAGGGCCUCUGUCUGUGUGUCUCUUCAGCUGCAUGUGAGUACGAACCUGUGUGACGCCGAAAUGGACAGCGCAUGACAUGAUGUUGAUGGCCUCACUCUCAGUCAGAUUCCACUUGUCCUGAAGACACAGACCAGACACGCCCAUCAUCGGUUGGCCGAAACGACUUUGCGUGCCCCCCUACCAUCAUGAAGUCUCGCGUGUUGAUGUAGGUGUUGUUCAUGGCCAUGUUCAGAUGGUCGCCGGGAAGAUUGAAAAUCUUCCUCUGUGCGUCCAGCGGCGAGUCGCCCAGCGUGUAGAUGUAGUUGUCGUAUGUGAAGCCCGAGAUCACCCACUCAUCAGGCUUCUCGAAGAUCACCGUGUCCGUGUUGGCCAGCUCGGGCGGCUUCUCGCCGUCCUUGAUGACGUCGAUACGCAAACGUGCCGUCAGGCUGUGUUCGAUGGCCGUGCCGGUCAGCUCGGAGUCGCCCUGUGUGCUGUGCGCAUCACCUGCAAACAUCCAUCCAAAUCGCUAACGCACUCUGCUUCUUGUGCACAUCGGUGGGGAGGUGGCUGGCUGACCAGCAGAGAACAAUCCACCCUCGACCUCGGCCUUGAGGUACACGGUUGUGCCCGGCGCAGUCCUCUUCUGAUCCAGGUUGUGGCCAAGGUACCCCAUGGCAGGUAUCGACGUGAUCUCGUCGUCGAUGGCUGACGCAAGGCCAAGGUUGCCGAUAUGGGGGUUGAGGGGCACCUUGAAAGGGAAGGGGUCGAGCUGAUACUCAAUGGGGGUCUCCUCCAUGACGGACCAUCCCAUGUCCUGUGCUGCGCCGCUGCUGUUGGGGUAUGUGUGUGGGAAGAUGAGGCCGGAGAUGUGUGUGUAGCCCAGGAAGUCAUCGUGGCCUUGUGGGUCGAUGAUGUUGGCUAUGUUGUAGUAGUACAGGGGAGAGGCGAUCCACGUGCCGUUCUCCUGGUAGGCCUCCCUGACCCACACACACAGCACAGACAAGCGAUCAUGCAGGCAGGCAGGCAGGCAUCGAGAGAGAGGUCGUUUGUGUGUGGUUCGGUGUUCACCAGGUGGAUGCGAAUUCAUCAGAGUAUCCGCAUCCCGUGCGGCCACGGAAGGCGUCUCCCAUGCACCAGUCGCUGCCGUCGCGCUUGGGAAGGCGGUAUUGAUAGCCCCAAUUGCCCAAUACCACGCUGACACGGAAGACGGCAACACAAGGAAGCACAGAUGGCCUCACACGAUGGAUGACGCAAGUGUGGUUGCUUUUUGUAAUUUGCUCACCUUCCGAAGGUCCUGUUGUCUUGACCGGGAUUUAGGCGGGGCACCAAGUCCAGUAUGUCAACCUACACACACAUACACAUGCAUAACGCCCUCACGGACAAAGCCGCCCACCCACUGUCCCCUCCCACCCCACCUUGCCCCCUGCCCCUUCCAUGCAUACCUUGACUGUGUCGUUGGGCUCCACGCCGCAAAUGAACACGGGGCUGAUGGCCACAACCACAACGGAGCGUCGAUGUAUGGAUGAACCGUCAGCUGUUGCGUGUCCCCACCCACCCUGUCAUGAUGUGAGCGCCCUCGCACGUCGGAGUGCGGUCACCCUCAGUCGACGGCACAUUCUCGCAGCGUGCGCCGCGCUUGGACACGGGCAUGUCCGUCUGGUUCCACCAGUAGAUAGCCUCGGUAGCAGCGUCGCCCAUGCUGAUCCUGUCCCAGUCGUCCCCUCCGUUAAGCGUGAUCGUCUCGAUCACAACCUGGUGAAUGAACCAACCCACACAGGUACCAUCGCGUCACUCUCCAUCUCCCUCUCUGUGUGUGUGCGUGUUUGUACCUCGUCGCCGGGAUUGACAUAGAGAACAGGUGGAAUAUCCUUGUGGUAAUAUCCCCAGUGCACGGUCUCUGGGCUGGCGCGGAUGAUCUUGGGGCCCUCCGGGGCGGGACAGCCGGACGUCGACUCGACAAAGUCUGUCAGCUCGGGCAGCUCUGGCACAGACCAGCCCUUGAGGCCCUCAUACGGCGGGAAGAUGGCCUUCGGCACCAUCGUGUGCACGCCCCAGUUGCCAUCGACCACCUGGGUGACAGCGAAGUCGCCAGCGAUGGAAAUCGCGGUGAGGGCUUCAUUGGGCGCGACACCAAACUUGUCCCUGUGAGAGCGUCCAUGACACCAAAGUCAGAAGUCUGCGUGCAUGUCCUUCCCUGCCCCUCUCUCUGUCUGUCUGUCUGUCUGCCUACACGAUGAAGUCUCGUGUCUGCGCAGUGGCGGUCUUCAUGGCCGCGUCCACAUCCGCUCCCACAGAGAAGAUCUCGUCAGGGUCAUCAAGCUCCGACAGGUACUCCGGCACGGCGAGGCCGUGCACCACAUAGUGGGUGGGCGUCUCGCCAAGAGGGAAGGCCAGGUUGGCCAUCCACAGCUCGUGUUCCUCGCUGUUUUGCUGGAUGACCGUGAUGCGGAACCUGCCCGUGACGCUGAUUUCGAUUGCGGUGCCGCUGACCUCCCCGUCGCCCUGGGCGGCGUGGGCAUCGCCCAUCGAGAGCAGACCGCCGGGCACCCGUGCCUUGUAAUACAUGGUGGUGCCUUGGCCGAUGUGGAUGCUGUCGAUGUUGCCGCCACUGCAGACGAAUAAACGAGCAACACACACAGACGAUACAUCCAUCCAUUGCGUGCGCAUGUGUGUUGGUGUCAGUCAGAGUGCUGACUUUGAUCCCAUGGGGGGGAUGCUGUUGACGACGUCGACCUCAGAGGGCGCCAGACCCAUGCCUACAUGCGGACGCAGACAGGAGCAGACGAGGGUUGUGUUUAUUGGAGGGGGAGGCUGCUCUGCUCACAUCCGAUGUGGAUGUCGAGAGGCACCGAUACAUCAGUGAGGUCAAAGGUGUAGUUGAGGGAGCCACUGGUCACAUUCCAGCCACGCGACGCAACCUGACCAACCAACACACACCAGUGACUGCGUCGCACCCCUCCUGUCCCCUGCCCUGCCCUGCCCUCUGUAUCUGCUGACCACAUCCGAUGCGCCCUCGUAUGUGUGCGGCACACAGGUGCCCGGGUAGCUGAGGUAGUCUCGCUCCACCCCGUCAGGAUCCACCAGCGUCGGCCACUCGUACAUGUACUCGGGCGACGCGUAGUACCCAUCUUCCUGCCACACACAACAUUCAUCAAAAGGAAGAGUGACGCACAGGAAUGCAAGCUUGAUUGGUUGGCUCGGUGUGUGUGUGUGUACCCCCUCUUCGAUCUUCCACACGGUGACGAACUCGUCAUUGACACCGGGCGUCUCAAUGAACUCCCCGGCCUUGAACAUGCCGCCGUCGGCUGUGGGGGCCCUAAACUGAUAUCCCCACCACGCAGCCUGAUUCGACCCGUAGAUCUCUCCGGCUGGGUUGGCACGCGGCUCCAAAUCGAGAAUCUCAACCUGAAUUGAGAUGAAGAGGAGCGAUGGGUGUCUGUCUGUCCGGCCUGUUUGUUGAGAUGGCCUGUCUGCAUGUCUGUGUACCUUGAUGAUAUCGCCGGCUUCAGCGCCGCACACGUAAAUGGGCCCUGUGAGGAUGUGGACGCCGUCCCCCUCCCCCGUGGCGCCACGCUGGCUGACAGCCUUGACAGAACUGUCCCAGUCGUAGACGCUCUCCAGCCCCUCGUCCCCGGCUAUCAUCAUGUCAUAGUCGUCGCACGCCGUGUGGGUGCCCAUCUCGACGGUGACCUCAUCGCCCGAGUUGAUGAACAGCCUGGGCGGCUCAUUCUGAUGCACAGAGAGAGUGACGGGUGGCGUGUUUGUGUGGAUGCAUGGCAUGGAUGUGCUACAUACCUUUGAGAAGUAGCCAAAGACGACUGUUUCGGCGCUGAGGGGGAGGUAUUUCUCGCCUUCCGAUGCUGCAGGGCAUCCAUCGACCUGUGCACGGAUCUGGCUGACGGACAAGGCCGCCACAAGGGCAUAUAGCACAAGGCGAGGCAAGGACGCCAUCAUCCACACUGUUCGACACUAACAAGUCCUGCUAACGUGCUCAAGUCGUCUGUUCGAUCUUGCC